UAAGAUGAAAGAUGGAAAAUAUAAAUAGGAAAAAAGAUUUAAAUACAGUGUUUUUAAAAAUAUUUGUUACACUAAGGGGAAUUAAGGAAAAAAAAAAGAAGAAAAGAAGAAGAAGAAGCGUCGUCAAUAAUACGGGUUGGGCAUUUAACUUUUACCAGCAGUUUUGACCCUUGAUGCUUACCGUAGUCGAAUUAUAAUCAUGGCGACUGUCAUCUGACUGAAAAGUUUUGACGUGAAACUUUUUGAACUGAUGUCUUUCACAGCCCUGGUGGCUGGCGUCAGAACGGCCCGGAUCCAGUCUUUUAAAAUCGUACCACACAUCAGCAGAAAAAGUACAAGAUGUGAUUGUCAGGGCGCUAAAUGAACCGUCGCGAGGAUGCACCGUUGAGGAAUCUAAGGUUUAGGUAGCUGAGCUAGCUACUUUCAACAAGUUAGCCCGCUGGUUAAAAACUAAGUUUGAAUGUCGCGGGAUUUCAGGUGUCACGACGGACGAUAGACUGGGUAUAUCUUAUUUAAAUGUCCUUUUUUGGCUUCAGGUACUUAGUCUUUAAUUUAAAAAUGUGUCGUUUUCUACGUUAUUGUGUCAGCCACUGCCUUCACGCAGCAAUGACCCGGCUCGAGGAAGUUAACGGAGAAGUGAGCAUGUGGUCGUCAGUCCGGUGGAUAGGCUACCUGUCCGGGCUUAACCUGCUCGUGGCCCUGUGUAUGGGUCUCUAUACCCGGUGGGAGAGGAGCGCCGACUCCACCCUUCUUGUUAUUUUUAUUUUUGUUUUGGCCCUGAUUGCCCUUGGAAUAGCGAUGGAGAGACUCAGCCGCAGCAUCCUCCACCUGUGGUUCGGUUUUUUGCUGGGUCUGCUGUGUUUCAUCAACUCCCCGGCACUGGAGGGCGACGUCAAGGAGCAAGUGGCAAACUACCUGCUACUGGCCAGCGUGGUUCUAAGGACGCUGUGGGCGCUACUGGAGAGACUGGUUGGAUGUACCAGAUAUCGUCCCGCCUUCUUGACCUCGGCGGAGCGGCUGGAGCUGGCGGGCUUUGCAAUCGCAAGCACUGCGCUGCUCAUUCAGAAGUCCCUGAGUGUGAUGGUUCUUGUGGUGGCUCUGGGCACAGUCAUGGUUGCCCUACGGAUGAAGGCUCUCCUGGCUCUUCCGAACCUGAUCUGCUUUGCUGUCAUUACAGCCGUGCUGUUCUUUAAGUCUCUGAACAUUACCACCAACCCAUUCGCCCUAGCCUGCUUCUUCAGCCAGCUCAUCUGCGACCCUCUGCUGGAUGUAUACUUCAGCGGUCUCUCUGUGACCGAGCGCUGGCAGCCGUUUCUGGUGUGGAGCGGGCUGUGGCGCCGAAUGUCCCUUCUGCCCCUGCUGUUGGUGGAAGUGACCUUCAUCAUCCUGGCUGCUCGGAAACUAACAGCCUUGGAUCCGUGGUACCUCACGAUCCCAGGUUUUGUGGUGUGUGUGCUCUUCUGGGCUAUUUGCCACAUGGUGUUUGUCAUAACUGCGUGGGGCUUUCACACCAAGCUCAGCGACUGCCAGAGGUUGUGCUUGUCCCAGGGGUCGGAGGUCAGCGGCCUGGACAAGGUUAUGGCUUCCAAAGGCAUGCGACAUUUCUGCAUCAUCUCUAAACGCCUGGUGCUCUUUACGCUGGUCUCCACUGUUGCUGUUGGUGCUCUGUGCUGGCAGGCCAAAAGCAGUAUGUUUGUGAGCAUUUUUCUUCUCAUUCUGCCACUGGAGUCUCUGUUCCACGGACUCUUCCAUGAGCUUGGGAACACCCUGGGAGGAACAUGUGUGGGCUAUGCAGUGGUCAUCCCCACCAACUACUGCAGUCCUGAUGGUCAGCCAACACUGCUGCCUCCAGGCCAGGUGCACGAGUUGAAUAGGCGUUCUACGGGUAUGCUGAACAACGUACAGCGUUUCUUCGCGCACCACCUGAUCGAGACUUUUGGCUGCGACUAUUCCACCAGUGGGGUAAGCCUGGAGGCUCUGCAGUCCAAAAUCAAGUCCUUUCUGGAGCUCCGCACUUCAGACGGCCCUCGCCAUGACACCUAUGUGAUCUUCUACAGCGGUCAUACACAUCGCACUGGCGAGUGGGCGCUGGCAGGAGGAGAUACCCUACGUCUGGAUCACAUCUUGGAGUGGUGGAGGGAGAAGAACGGCAGCUUCUGUUCACGCCUCAUUGUGGUGCUCGACUGCGAAAACUCUUUGCCAUGGGUGAAAGAGGUUGGGAAGGUGGAGGAGCUGUAUGUGGCCGUGCAGGGAGCGACGUUCGUCAGAGUGACGGACGUUGAGCUGCACGACCCACCGCAGCUUGGAGACUUCACAUCCGAGUGGGUGGAGUACAACUGCAAUUCAAACAGCAACAUCCAGUGGUCAGAGAGGGGCAGAGCGGUUUCUGCUGCUUAUGGCAUCUCCAAACACUGGGGCGACUACAAGCUGCAUCUGCCGACAGGAAGCGAUGUCACCAAUCACUGGAGCAUGUACUUCCCCCGGAUGACCUAUCCCGUGGUCCAGUUGGCGCUGUGGUGCGGCAGCCUGAACCUGCUGUGGAUCUGCAGCGCCUGUCUGCGAUGUCUCAAGAGACUCAAGCUCAACUGGUUUCCACCAGCCAUACUGGACACUGGGCAGGGCUUCAAACUGGUUAGAUCAUAGAAAUAUACAUGAACCUAUUUUUAUUUGAAGAAUAGAUUUAUAAAAGGAUUUUCUAAAGGUGACUGAAUUUUGAGGGGGUUCUUAUCCCAAAAGUAGGCAGCCAUUGGAUUAUACCAUUGUUAUCAUUAACCAGAAUCCUGUUGAGUUACUUUAAAAUAAACCAGUUACUGAUCAGGACAUUGACAAAAUUAUUUAAAGUGCCAGUUUGGAAAGCAGUUCUGUUAAUGUGUGACUGAACUCUGAUCUUUCCUGAUGUCCCUGACAUUAGACAAAUACACAAUACAAGAUGGGACCGUACAUGGACACUAUUUUGCACAUUGUAGCACCGUAUUGACUGUUAGAUCUGAUUCUCCUUUUUUGUACAUUCACACGGUGCCUUUUACCUUGACUUAACCAAAACUCAAACUUUCUAGGCCAAUCCUUUUUAUUCUUAAACCAAAGAGUCCAUGGGUAUGCGUUCAGAGGAGGAUCUCAGGCGUAAAAUAUAUUCGUAGCACUCUAUUUCUUCAUCUCCACAUUUUGCAUUGUUCCAUUUUGAUAAAAUUAUUCUUCUUGCAUUCUGCUGCACUCCUACAAAAUGUUACUCAUUGCUUACUGUAUGCUCGAAUGCACUUCUUUGGGUCUAUUCUAAGCAACAUUUUCAAAUGCCUUUUAGGGGUGAUAUUUAAAUUCACUCCUGCUGCUUCAGGGAGUCCUCGAAGACCUUUAAUUGUACCAAUGAAUGCACUACAAUCAGAGGUGUACAAGAACUGCAGUCUUUCUCAUAAUGGAGUACAGGAAUUAAAUGCGUCACACAGAAGGAUUCAUUUCCUUCCCGGGGUUAGUACAGUUCACUGAACUAUGCAAAUGUAUGCCAAUGAGCGGAAUGUGUAUACAAAGGGAUUCAUGGUAACGAAACCUGUUGGACCUAUGCAAUAAAAAGUCAAAUUUCACUCCACAAAUUACGAAUGUACUGAGCUCAUGUAAUCUAUUUUUAAUGAAAUAUAUUUCAUCAAUCUAUUUUCUCACUCUUAUCCACUCCACAGUUGCAGAGGUGCUGGAGGCUAUCCACGUUAUUAUAGGGCAAUAUUAUGUUAUUCAUCAGUGCCAUUACUGAGUCUGCUUAGAGGUCUGAUUCUGUUUUGCUUCUUGAUUUCUGACCAGUUUUGUGUGUUGGGCAGCUUUUCAGUGUCAAGCAGUCUCAAAGUGAGGAAAGAAACUGAGGUGUACAGAAGUGCUGAUGUCAUUGUUUCACAAUGUGUAACUGUCAGAAAAACACGUCUGUCUUGACAAAAAGAACUGAUAGUCAUGGAUGCACGUUAUUCCGGUGGAUUGAAUGGAGUAGAACUGGUUCUCAGGGUGACAAAUUAGAUUCUUCAUAAAAGGGUAUUAAAUUUUUCUUGCUGUGUUUCUUCCUGUUUUAAUUAAUCUGAACAAGUUCCAGAAUACAUUACGUGUAAUGUCAUAGAAAGUUGAGGAAUUUAUGAACCUGCGAACAUUUCAAACUUCAGAAAAGCACAAAAUAACUCAGCAAAAAGGAGAAGGGAGUAAACCACCAAUCCCAUCAGCUGUUUUACUUCCUGAGUCAUUAGCUAUGAUCCAGUGAUAGGGAGGUAGUAGAUAAAAGAAUAUAUAUAUGGUACAAAUGCAUAGAGAGAAAAAUGCCAACGCAUUUUAGUAGUUUAGUUUUGUGGCAGUCUCCACUUGUAGAUGCACUUGUCCAACCUGUCGAACAAGUGCACCAAUAAGCAAAACUGAUAAAGACUCAAUGUAAUUGGUUUCUAUUGUGAGACUGCACACCAACCAACUUACUCACCAUAGAAACAACUUCUGUUUAGGAAAAAGAAAGAAGCGGCUAACAUUGAACCUUUGUCUAUGGGGUAAUAAAUAUCAGGAAGGACACUAUAAACCUAUAUCAUUGCUUGUGAUAGGUGGUCACUGUAACUGUGCUGUAUGGAAGCAGUUACAGUUGAGAAACUUCUGUAACCAGAUUUAUUCAGAAAAUAAAGCAC